AUGAUAGCAAAAAUACCGCUAAGAGUUGCCAGAACUAUACUUCCUAUGAACUAUUCUGGAUUGAGAUUAUACAUUCCGGAAUCAAUAAUAGAGAAAAGUAGUUAUUGUAGUUAAACAAAGAUCAUUUAUAUCAACUUAUUGAGAGAGGAAUGAUAUUUGAAACUAUGGUUUUGAAGAGUACACAAUCAAAUUCGGAUUAGACAGAAAUUAAUGGAUUUAAGGUCCAAGAUUUGGAAGAUGACUUGAAAUUAGAAUUAAGUAAAACAGUUGAAAAUGUUUAAAUUUUAAUUUGCAUUGAAUGUUUGAAGAAAGAGGAAUCCUUAGACGAGGAAUAAUAAGAAACUCAGAAAUUUGCUGUAUUAAAUUAGACUGAAACUCUAGUUUAGAAUUUCUAAACUGUUUACUUGAAUCAUAUUCCUUUUAGUAUUUAUCUAACAAAGGGAAAUGGAAUAGUUUCUUGUUACGAGUGCUCAGCCUACAGAAGCAAGGUAAAAUGUCACUCAUUAAAUCUAUAGAUUCAAAUCAAUAUGGUCCAGAUAAUUGAUGACAUCGAGGAACACAAGCAAAUCCCUAGACAGGAGAGAGGAGUGAAGGAGUAUGUUGGAAGGAAUCAAGUGAUAGACGAUACUGUAAUAAUCUCAUAAUAACUAAGUUAUAAAAGGAAAUGCUAAAUUAUCUUGAGACCUUUGGAAUAGACUCUGAACUUGCAUAGUUUGUGGAAAACCUACAAAGUGAUCGAGAACAGGCUCUGUAUCUGAAAUGGUUAUAAAACAAGCUCAAUUCUCCAUGAUUGACUGUUGUAAUUAACUUAAAUGUAAAAAUUUA